AUGAUGUCCUUCCGACGACUGCUCAGCGCGGUGCGGUCGGCCCGCGAGGCGCUCACGAGGGGCGCGCCCAUGGCCGACGGUGUGAUCAAGUCGCUCGUAUCGCUGGUGGUGAUCCUCUGCAUCGCCGUGUCCUCCCCGCAGUCGGCGUCCGCCAAGCCCUUCGCCUUCAGCUUCCCGGCGAGCUGGUCCCUGGCCGGGCUGGUGGGCGGCGUGGGCGCUCGCUCCGAGGACCACCGGCGGGAGCCCGCGGGGGUGAAGCCCUACACCGAGCGGAGAGUCUCCAACGACACCCUCCGCAUGAUCUACUACCACGACCAGACCGUGGCCGUGGUCGAGCUCGGCCUGGACAAGCUGCUCCUUAACUGCGAGCUCAUCGAGACAUAUGAUGAGGACGACACGAGCCGCCUCCUGCGCCAGUUGAGCGUCAUCAACAGACCUCUGGCCAUCAGCUUCCCACAGAUGACUAAGUUGAUGAGCCAGUGUCAGCAGGUGGACGGUGUAGAAGGGUCGGAGGGCUGGGCGGCGUCCCGGCGGAGGUCGGACUGGCGGGAACGAGGAGCAGCGAGACUGAGGGCGGGCGGGCAGCACGCGGGGCUGCUGGGGGGCAGUCCGCUGUCACUGCUGCAGGGGAUCAUACCUGGCACUAAGUGGUGCGGCACGGGCGACAUCGCGGCGGACUACCACGACCUGGGCUCCGACCGGCCGCUGGACCGCUGCUGCCGCACGCACGACCUGUGCCCCAGCAAGGUGCGCGCCUUCUCCACCCGCUACAACCUCACCAACAACUCCCUCUACAGCAAGUCUCACUGCACCUGCGACGACAUGCUCUUCGACUGUUUGAAGACCACCAACACGUCCGCCUCGCACCUCAUGGGGCACAUCUAUUUCAAUAUAGUCCAAGUGCCCUGCUUCGAGGACCUUCCCUCCGGCCGGCGGUUCAGAGAAGCGAAGCAAGGCUUCUGA